CCAAACAAGCAAACAUAAAUCUUAUAUCUCAAUGGUUUUGAAAAUCAUGGAGCUACUAUUGCUUGUUUGCAGCUAGUUCAAGUUUCUAUUUUAAUAUUAUUUAGUAGACAGGAAUGAGAUAUUGAGAUUUAGGAUCAUGAGUCAGAAGGUGAUAAUUGUUUUUCUUUUCGGUCAUCAAUUGUUUUCUAUUACACUAACAUUUGUAUGCAUGCAUGAAUAGAUUGGUAAUUUUUUUGCAAUUAUCUUGCUUUUCAAUAUCUAAAAGCUUCAUAUGUUGGUAUAGUUGCUGCUUUGCAGGCCCUCACAAGUGGGUGGGGGAGUUUACCUCCGAACUGGAUUGGUAAAGAUCCUUGUGUUAAUGGAUGGGUAGGAAUUACGUGCAGUGAUUCUCGUAUUACUGAGAUACAACUUUUAAGUAUGGAUUUGACAGGUCAGCUAACUGGAGAUCUUGCAUCUUUAUCGGAACUCCAGAUUCUAGAUCUAUCGUUUAAUAGAGGGCUUACAGGUCCUCUUCCACAGAGUGUUGGGCGAUUGUCAAGGCUUAUAAGCUUAAUCCUUAUUGGUUGUGGUUUUUCUGGAAGAAUUCCAGAUUCAAUUGGAUCACUAAAACAGCUUCACAAAUUAUCUCUGAAUGGAAACAAUUUUACUGGACCAGUGCCAGCAACUAUCGGUAACAUGCUAAAUCUUUAUUGGCUAGAUCUUGCUGAUAAUCAGCUCAGUGGAAGCAUUCCCGUUUCCAUUGGAGACACACCUGGACUUGAUCUGCUAGUUGAUACGAAGCACUUUCACUUCGGACAGAACCAACUCUCUGGAACGAUCCCGCCUCGUCUUUUUAACUCGAAUAUGACUCUGGUUCAUGUGCUUUUUGACAACAAUCGCCUCACUGGGACCAUUCCUUCAACAUUAGGUCUUGUCCAGACAUUGGAUGCAGUUCGUUUUGAUAGAAAUUCAUUGAGCGGGGAUAUUCCAUCCAACAUCAACAACCUAACUCUUGUUAAUGAGCUGUUCUUGUCCAACAAUGAAUUUAGUGGUCCUGUGCCUGAUCUGACCGGCAUGAACAGCCUUAGUUUUUUGGACUUGAGUUAUAACAAUUUUGAAGCUACAGAAUUUCCACAGUGGCUUUCUACCUUACAGUCCCUGACCACAAUAAUGAUGGAACAGACAGGACUUGAAGGAGAGAUACCAGAAGAAUUCUUCAGCAUCUCUCAGUUACAGACUGUAAAUUUGAGGGACAACCAACUUAAUGGCGCUAUUAGAAUUCCGAGUAACUACAGCAGACAAUUGCAGCUCAUCGACUUGCAAAACAAUUCCAUUGUGGCAGCCACAUUGGCACCUGAAUACACUUUCCAAUUGAUGCUAGCUUAUAACCCAUUUUGUCAGAGUCCUGACCUGAGUUCACCUUACUGCAACAUUCAGCAGAAUCUUGGUUCCUCGUUUUCAACUCCAGUAAAUUGUGAUCGUCUCCGUUGUACUUCUGAGCAAAUUUUAAGCCCUAACUGCAUUUGUUCAUAUCCGUUUACUGGAACUUAUAUUUUCAGAGCUCCCGGAGCCCUAGGAAACUCUGAUUCCUUCAAAGUUCUUCAGGACCAUAUAUUUGAUAGAUUAAGGAAUUUAACACUGCCUGUAGAUUCUGUCUCUCUAAGUAAUAUAACUGUAAAUGAAUUUGGCAACCUUCAAAUGCAACUGGCAAUUUUUCCAGCCGGAGAAGUUAAUUUCAAUAGAACAGGAACUUCCAUGGUUUCCUCUGUCUUCAGCAACCAGACUUACAAGCCACCUGAUGUGUAUGGUCCCUAUACUUUUGACGCUAAUUUCUACCCAUACUAUGAUGGAUUUAUAAGAAGCAGGAAUCCAUCCCAUACAAACAUAAUUGUUGGAGCCAUUGUAGGAGGUUCCAUUCUAUUUUUGCUAUUGGUAUGUGCGGGAGGCUAUGCGUAUUAUCAAAAGAAGAGAGCCAAGAAGGCAAAGCAGCAAGCCAAUCCAUUUGUGUCUUGGGACUCUCAUGGAACGGGGGGUGACGUUCCUAGGUUAAAAGGCGCCAGAUUUUUCACAUUGGAAGAGCUGCAGAAAAGUACCAACAAUUUCUCUGAAACCAACAAUGUUGGUUCUGGAGGUUAUGGGAAGGUCUACAAAGGAAUUCUUUCUGAUGGCCAGAUUGUUGCUAUUAAAAGAUCCCAGCGAGGAUCUAUGCAGGGUAGUCGAGAAUUUAAAAAUGAGGUAGAGCUAUUAUCAAGGGUUCACCAUAAGAAUCUUGUUAAACUUGUUGGAUUCUGCUUUGACAAAGGAGAACAGACUCUGGUUUAUGAGUUCAUUGCAAAUGGUACUCUAAUGGACGGUCUUUCAGGAAUGUCUGGGAUUCAAUUAGACUGGGUAAGAAGACUGAUGAUAACCCUUGGCUCGGCUCGGGGUUUGCAAUAUCUGCACGAGCUUGCUGAUCCACCGAUCAUACACAGGGAUAUCAAGUCAACUAACAUCCUCCUUGAUGAACGUCUAAUUGCAAAAGUUGCUGACUUUGGCCUCUCCAAGCUGUUUGGUGACACUGAUCAAAAGGGUUAUGUUACUACCCAAGUCAAAGGAACCAUGGGAUAUUUAGAUCCUGAAUAUUUCAUGACUAACCAAUUGACAGAGAAAAGUGAUGUUUUUAGCUUCGGAGUGGUUAUGUUAGAAAUGGUAACAGCGAGAAAACCAAUACAAGACGGAAAAUACAUUGUUAAAGAGAUCAAAGAAGCAAUGGACAUGACAAAAGAUCUAUAUAGCCUUCAUAGAGUAAUCGACCCAAUUCUUCUAAGAAACAGAACUAUGCUAGUUGGGCUAGAGAAGUUCGUGGAUUUGGCAUUGCAAUGUGUGCAAGAAGACGGAGCUAAUAGGCCUACUAUGGGUGAGGUUGUAAAAGAUAUAGAGCAAAUUGCUAAGCUACCAGGUAUGAAUCCUAAUGCUGAUUAUAUGACAACUUCUCAAAGUUACGAAGGUGCCAGUGGAGGGAACUUUGGACACCCUUAAUAUGAUUGAUUCACUUUUCCAGUAUAGUGGAAGUAUUUCGAUUACAAGGACUGAGUGACAGAAAUUUGGAAAUGAUUUUGACAAGGGGUAAAUUUCCUGUAUCCAAGGAUGAAAAACAAAGGUGUAUACAUUGUAAAUAUGAUACUUCUUCACUACCCAUUUUCAUAACAUUUUGUAUUCUGUAUUUUUUCAGUAAUAAAAUAAUAUUUAUUUUUUGUUAA